AUGAAUUCUAAAUCUUCCAUUGGACCCUGGGCACUUACCCGUCUCGAACCCCUUCUUCCUUUGCCAGAAGACUCGCUAAAGGAAGUGAUCUCCUACGCCCUCUCGCUCACCGAUGCGAGCGAAGUCUGCUCGCACUUUGAAGUAGGGAACCUCCCUCCUCCAAUCCGGGAUAGGCUAAUAUUGCCAGGGCCUGCUCGGCAGCACCGAAGAAGUACUAAACUUCAUCUCAGACUUCAAUUCCAGACUAUUCCCACAAAGAGCUACGCUAGCACCUACAAUUCCACAGGCAUCCUCGUCUGCCUCCUCCGUGAAUGUUCCACCUGCGAAGAGACGCGGGAAGAGGGGUAAACUCCCAAUAAACCAGUAUGCGAACCAACCACGGCAGGUGGAAGGACAGUUUGGUAAUCCGGCGGCGGUGUACAUGAAGAAGGACGUUGAAGAUGAGUACUAUACGGGUGGCAACAAAGGGUCUACACCGAAGCCGGGGGAUCCAUCAUCGCCUUCGUCUUCGUUACCCGUGUCCAGGGCUGCUACGCCGAUACCUAGGAGCGCUACCCCGCAGCCAGUACAACAGAAGGCCCAACAGAUCAGCAGCAGUAAUGUCGGCGGGAAACUGGUCUCGGACUUGAUAAACGUUAAAGCAAAAGUCAAGAAGGCUCCGCAAAAGGUGCACGUAACCGGCGGUGUUGCCAUGCGAGGAGCAUCGGCCGAACUCACGGAUCUGGAAUCCGCCCUGCGAGCGCUCGAACUCUCCACGAACCCGACACUGACCUCGAGGUCGCAAAAGUGCAAUUGCGCAGGCAUGGAACACGAAGUCCUCUCCGCAGCGCCAAACUGCCUCUCCUGCGGGAAGAUAAUCUGUAUCAAGGAAGGUCUUGCGCCCUGUUCCUUCUGCAACACACCCCUGAUACCCCCGGAAGAGUUACAAUGUAUGAUCCAUGAACUCUGCGACGAACGAGACCGGGAAAAAAUGGCGAUGAGCAACGCAGUGCACAAACGCCCGGAGGUGGCACGCACGUCAAAGCCAUUCUCAAGAUACGAUAGCGCAUCUGGAACUAGCGGGGACGAAGGCCUGAAGCGGGCUAUAGAGCAUAAAGAUCGCCUACUAGGCUUUCAGGCGACCGGCGCUCAGAGGACAAAGAUCAUCGACCAAGCAGCAGACUUCGAAACCCCCGUUAUGGGCAGCAACAUGUGGGCUACACCACAAGAGCGCGCACUACAAUUGAAAAAGCAGCAAAAGGCGAUGCGUGAGAUGGAAUGGAGCGCAAAAGAAGACUAUGAAAAACGCCGAGUCGUCGUAGAGAUAGACCUAAAGGGCCGCCAGGUGGUGCGGAAGAUGCAGGAAAUCGAACGACCAAGAGAAGAUAGUGACGAUGGGGAUAUAGGAGAAGCCUACGAGUACGACGACACAUUGGAAAGAGGUGGUACCGUCACCACUACUAGUGGCCCCACGUCAAAAGGCGGAGCCUACUCCCGCAACCCGCUGCUAAAAGGCAUGAUCAGGCCGGUGUACGAUAGCAGCAAGGGCAAGGGCAAGGAGGGGGAGAAGUUAGACGCCGAGCCAGUGGCGUACACUGGUGGUUUACGCGGCUGGCGAAGGGUGCAGGAUGAUAUCGUGGAUGAUGGGCGGGGGGAUACCUGA